AUGAGAAUCUAUGAGAGAGAGAACUUUGGCGGCCAGAUGUAUGAGAUGUUGGAUGAUUGUGAGAGCAUCCAGGACCGUUAUCGUAUGAACGACUGUCAGUCCUGCCACGUCAUGGACGGCCACUGGCUGAUGUACGAGCAGCCUCACUACAGAGGAAGGAUGAUGUACUUCAGACCCGGAGAGUACAGGAGCUUCAGGCAGAUGGGGAUGAGCGGAACAAGGUUCAUGAGCAUGAGACGCAUCAUGGACUCCUGUCUCUCUGACGUCGCAUCAGUCUCUGACGUCGCAUCAGUCUCUGACGUCGCAUCAGUCUCUCUGACGCCGCAUCAGUCUCUGACGUCGCAUCAGUCUCUGACGCCGCAUCAGUCUCUGACGCCGCAUCAGUCUCUGACGUCGCAUCAGUCUCUGACGCCGCAUCAGUCUCUGACGCCGCAUCAGUCUCUGACGCCACAUCAGUCUCUGACGCCGCAUCAGUCUCUGACGUCGCAUCAUCUCUCUGACGUCGCAUCAGUCUCUGACGUCGCAUCAGUCUCUGACGUCGCAUCAGUCUCUCUGACGCCGCAUCAGUCUCUGACGUCGCAUCAGUCUCUGACGCCGCAUCAGUCUCUGACGCCGCAUCAGUCUCUGACGCCGCAUCAGUCUCUGACGUCGCAUCAGUCUCUGACGCCGCAUCAGUCUCUGACGCCGCAUCAGUCUCUGACGCCGCAUCAUCUCUCUGACGCCGCAUCAGUCUCUGACGCCGCAUCAGUCUCUCUGACGCCGCAUCAGUCUCUGACGCCGCAUCAGUCUCUGACGCCGCAUCAGUCACUGACGCCGCAUCAGUCACUGACGCCGCAUCAGUCACUGACGCCGCAUCAGUCUCUGACGCCGCAUCAGUCACUGACGCCGCAUCAGUCUCUGACGCCGCAUCAUCUCUUUGACGCCGCAUCAGUCUCUGACGCCGCAUCAGUCUCUGACGCCGCAUCAGUCUCUGACGCCGCUGAGGCCGCAUCAGUCUCUGACGCCGCAUCAGUCUCUCUGACGCCGCUGAGGCCGCAUCAGUCUCUGACGCCGCAUCAGUCUCUUACGCCGCAUCAGUCUCUGACGUCACAUCAGUCUCUGACGCCGCAUCAGUCUCUGACGUCGCAUCAGUCUCUGACGCCGCAUCAGUCUCUGACGCCGCAUCAGUCUCUGACGCCGCAUCAGUCUCUGACGCCGCUGAGGCCGCAUCAGUCUCUGACGCCGCAUCAGUCUCUGACGCCGCAUCAGUCUCUGACGCCGCAUCAUCUCUCUGACGCCGCAUCAGUCUCUGACGCCGCAUCAGUCUCUGACGCCGCAUCAGUCUCUCUGACGCUGCAUCAGUCUCUGACGUCGCAUCAGUCUCUGACGCCGCAUCAGUCUCUGACGCCGCAUCAGUCUCUGACGCCGCAUCAGUCACUGACGCCGCAUCAGUCUCUGACGUCGCAUCAGUCUCUGACGCCGCAUCAGUCUCUGACGCCGCAUCAGUCUCUCUGA